AUGAAAUUCGGCAAGAGGUUGAGGGAGACGGUCGAAAGGGCCCCCGCUGAGUGGAGGGGUCUCUUCAUUGACUACAAGGGCCUGAAGAAACUACUGAAAAAUGAAGUAAGCUUUUGCCAGCAGCCAAGCGCUGAAAAGGCGAUCACGGUUGUCUCUGAGGCUACGCAACAAGGCGUGAACGCAAAUAGUGCCGCGGAAGCGGAACCUGCGCAGGGGCCCAGCGAGAGUGCCCUCGUACCCGAGUCCAGCGUCCCACCAGGGGAGCACCAGGGCGAGUCGGUGGUGUGUGCUGCGCGAACUGGAGAGUUCAGAAUCCAGGGGCACGUUGGGGCCUCAAAAAAGCGCGUGCGGGUGUCGUGCUCACCGCCAGUCUCAAGCACUGCUGACUCUGACUCAGAUACCGAUAUUUCGGAUGCACCACCUCUGGAGUUUUUGGAACAGGUCAAUAGAGAGCGCAUCCCGCGAAAACAAGAUAGCCACGGAUUUUUUGACUUGCUUCAUCAAGAGCUGGAUAAGGUUAAUGAUUUCUUCCUUGAGCAGUUGGAGGAUUUAAUUAUCCGGAGCGAGAUCUUACAAAGAGAUACGGCAAAUUUUUUCGUUUUAUGCAAAUCUCAGCGAAGUUUCCACUUUAGAGAUAUUGAAAAUCUAUCGCGUAGACUUUACAGACUUCAUGAUGACCUCGUGCUUCUUCAAAACUAUGCUGCCGUGAACUAUUUGGGCUUUCGAAAAGCCCUCAAGAAAUAUGACAAGAAGAAGAAUACUCGGCUGCGGAGAACAUAUCUUGCUGGUGUUCUUGGGACGCCUUUUUUCCUGCAGAGCGAGAAUUUGCGAUCUUUGAUCUUGGAGACAGAGCGUCGGUUGAGUUUAUUACAGCAUCUUGCAUCAUCGCAGAGUGACAAUCAGGAUACAAGUCCCGCGAAGAUGGCGUCGCCUUCUUUCAGAGAAUCAGCCACUGAAAAGGAUAUCCGAGAAACUGCGCACGAGGAACAUCCAGAACCAGUCAAAGUCAGGCAAGCGGAAAGCCUAGAUUCUGAAAAAUUAUCUGAUUCCGGCUCGAGAUUGAGUCAGAGAGAAGCUGCUGUUCAUCAGGGUUGA